AUGUUUAUAGUAAGAAGAGUCCCACCGCCAAGAUUUUUGGUUUCUGUGCGAGCAUUUGCCAGCAAGCCAGAUCCACAAACAUCAAACGAACAAAUAGCAGACCGUAUCAAUGAGCAGACGUCGAAAUUGAUCAAACAGAUAGAGUCCAAGAAUCCUGGAAAUAACGGGUCCCCCUUGAAAGAGUAUGUGAAUUCGAUCAUUGAAAGCGAAAACUUCAAAAACCUGAAAGCCGAGUUGUCCAAAUUCAGUGCAGAAAGAGCCAAAGCCACAGAAGAGUACUCGAAAUCGUUCAGUGAACGGCUAAGCAGAAAUGCUAAAGAAUUAAAAAAGAGUGUCACGAUAGCAUCCAACCUGGUCAAUGAUGUUACUGGAUACACCAAGAUCAUUCAGCUACAGAACAAGAUUAGUCAGAACGAGAAGAAUUUGAGAAACUUGAGAAACGAAAUCACUCAGGCCAAGUAUGAGUCCAAGCUGGCUAUGGAAGAGCAGAGCUCUUCACAGAAACACAUCAACGAGCUCUUGGAACGCAAACAUAAUUGGAAUACUAAAGACCUGGAACAGUUCACCGAGCUGUACAAGAAUGGCCACGAGUUGGAACUCAGCGUAGAACAGAAGUCCGCCAAAGUCACAGAGCUCGAACAGAGAGAAGACGAGAUGCACAACGAAUUGAUCCAAAGUAUCAUGGAAAGAUACCACGAAGAGCAAGUUUGGUCGGACAAGAUUCGCCAGUUUUCAACGUGGGGCACCAUACUCAUCAUGGGAGUCAACUUGCUGCUGGUGCUACUUGUUCAGUUGGUGUUCGAGCCAUGGAAGCGGUACAGAUUGUUAAGUUCGUUUGAGCUCAAGGUGAAAGACCUAUUUGAGACCCAAGGAAUGGAGAACUGGGGCAAGCUGAAGACAGAGCUGGAGGUCAUAGAGCACAAACUGGCCAAUUUCGAGCAAGUCGAGGGACUGCUACCGGAAAAUUACACCUGGGAAAGCAUCAAACAAUGGGGGCUAAAACUGAGAGGCUUGUUAUUCGGAGGCGAGAUCUACAAGCUGAAUGUCUCAUCGGCAGAAUUCACGACGUUCUUUGGGGCGUUCAGCUCGCUGUUCCUGUUUCUGGGCGUCCUCAUAUCUAGACUACUUAUAUAG